UUAACCGUAUCAGACAUCUGAGCAGGGCAACUUUGAAACAUUGUUGCCUGCCUAAGACUGGGAUCGAAUGGCCGGUCAAUAAAAUUCCAAUUGUUUUCCACGGGCCCAAUUUAUUGCCCGCUCAAGAAAGUCAAUGAGAAAAUGCGUGGAAAUGUAGCGGGCAACAAAAGGCAGCGCUAACAUCCGGGCAUUCUUAAAUUUUCUCCGAAUUUUUGUUACCCGAAUCCCGCCGCAGGCGAUUCUUGCUUGUGCAUAGGUUUUGUACGUAAAAGAAUUUUGAGCAGCGGGCGCGGGCCGGGCGUAGCUGGCGUUGUAUUCGUAAACAGAGUAUUUCGCAAUCUCAAUAUGGCUGCCUCCACGAAACCAAAGCGUUUCGCAAGCUUCGACGAAGAAGAAUUUAGUAAAAUUCUUGGAAAUAAGGAUGCAGACAGCACUAAGAGAGCUACGAAGCAAGCGAUCACAAUUUUCAAGGAGUAUCUGUUUGAGAAAUGCAUCGAUAUUGAUUUGGAGACGGUGGACAAGAGCACACUUGCUCCAAUUCUGAGUAAGUUCUAUGUGGAAUUACGUAAAUCGGACGGAUCACAUUACAAAACAGCAUCGUUAAAUUCUCUGAAAUCUGGCUUGAAUAGGCACCUUAAAUCUGUGCGUUCAGAUGUAAUUGAUAUUGUAAAGGAUCCAGAAUUUACCAAGGCUAAUGUUGCGUUCAAAGCAGCGCUGGUGGAGUUGAAAAAACUUGGGAAAGGUGACACCGUUCAUCAUGAUGAGAUCGAAAGUGAAGAUAUUCAAAAGUUGUACAGUUACUUCAAAGAGGAUGAAACACCUGUAACACUUAGUGAGAAGGUUUGGUUCGAGUUAAGUCUCUACUUUUGUCGCAGAGGUAGAGAGAACUUAAGAACCUUGAAAAAGGCUCAUUUUCAACUGAAAAAAGAUGCAAAUGAACGUGAGUACGUUACCCAAACUGUAGAUGAACUAACUAAAAAAACUAGAGAGGAUAAUCAAAGUUCCAGAGUAGAUGGUGCUCGCAUGUAUGCUACUCCAGGUGAUCCACGUUGCCCAGUCGCGUCAUUUAAGACAUACAUGUCUAAAUUGAAUGAUGAUUGUGAAUAUCUGUUCCAAACGCCCAAGCAAAUGCGUCCUAAAUCGGGCCCAUGGUACACCAAAACACCAAUGGGGAAGAACACUCUUGGUAAUAUGAUGAAGAGCUUAUCACAAAAAGCAAAACUGUCAAAGAAGUACACUAAUCACUGUGUAAGAACAACAAGCAUUAGAAUACUUGACAAGGAAGGGUUUGAAGACAGAGAAAUUUGUCAAGUUAGUGGCCACAACAAUCAAUCUAGCCUUGCAAGUUACACUGGCCGUGUGUCUGGAAACCAAAAGAUGAACAUGUCAGAUGCAUUAUCUCGUGCCAUUGGAGUACGUGAAGCUCAGCCUCAAGCUGCACCAUCUGUGAGUCUGAACACAUCAAACAAAACCUCGCAUGAAAAUUGUGAUCGUGUUGAUAGAGUUCAGGAUGCAGGUCAGCCAAGCGUAAUCCAUCAAGCAGUGAAUGAAAUGGACAAUGAUCUCGGCCUAAACUUUGAUUUAGACUUCAACUUUGAUGAGGUAGAUCUAAUAUUACCCAAUUCGCAGCUAUCUGUUUAUUCUGUUCACUCAGAAGUAGAAGUCACUGAAGAAGUGCAGGUACGCAACAUACAGGAUGUUUUGCAACCGUUGGAUAUGAACACAGCUCCUGCUUCAAAUGCUUCUUCAGCCAGAAACAUCACAAACAGAAGCACCACUACAACUAACACUCAUAGUCAAAGGAUGCAAGUUCAGCAAACUCCAUUUCUGCUCCAAAAUUGCACGGUGACUAUAAACUAUUACAACAACUAGUCUCGUGAAAAAUAGGACACUGUAAAUAGACCUGUUGAUUUUAAUUGUUAGACUUUUGCGAAACCCAUGUUACUAAUUGUUAUCUGAAGUUCAAACUUUAAGCAGUAUUUUACGUUGCAUUUCUCAUCGUUGAAGAAAUUUUCCUUCAUGACUUUUGAUAUCGAUUGGAGUUUGAAAUUUGAAUUGGCAGGAUAUCAAUUUUCAAUUGGAUUACAGUAGUGUGGUUACUUCUCAAGACUGCAAUCUUCAAUAAUGGUGAGUUUUACUAAAUUUACUUUGAAUUUCAAAAUUCCGCGUACAAGCUCUAGAUGUCUGAUUUGGUUAAUAAUAGCAAUAUUGACUGGCCUGGGGGCGAAAGGACAUAUAUCGCCCUCACUAGAUUUAUAUCACCCUCGUCUUCGACUCGGGUGAUAUAAAUCUAGUUUGGGCGAUAUAUGUCGUAUCGCCCCCAGGCCAGUC